CACAUGUUUUCAAUUGCACCAGCAGUCAUGAAUUAUGUACUGGGGAUAUAUUCUGCAAUGACACUUUUUCACGCAUGGAUGAUGGUAUCCUGCGAGGUGUUUUCCUCUACAAGCCAGAUUCAUCACUUAGCAACAGUAAGAAGCGCCAUAUUGGAUGCCAUUAGCAACAACGUAAAGACAGAAAAUGACGAUAUCAAGAGAGUUCUUGACGUGUUCAGAAGAGAUGUAGAGUCUUUAGAAGGCGUUCAUGAUGCAUGGGAGUAUGUCGGUCAUCCCGUGUAUGUGUAUCAUAUGUUGAAACAUUAUGUUACAUUAUUCAAAGUAGCUGUUAAUAGUGACAAUAAAGCCGUGAUGAAUGCGCUUACUGAAGUACUCGGAGAGAGCCUAAUCCCGACAGAAGAAGACUUAGUUGGCUGGUGUAAGGGCAUCUUCACCAUACAGAAUAUGUACAAUAUCUCCAGUAAAGACAUAGCAAGCGGCCUGAUUGCUGGUAGGGAAAGCAAGCCCCUCAACAAGGAAGAUAUCAAGUUUAUUGCUGAAGUUGCACAUUCAUCGAAGAAUCAUCUGUUGUCACUAGAAUGGGUAGAUUUAUGGUUAUCGAAUGUGGUUGAAGAUUGCAAAGAACGAAAAGUAUGUAUACGGGAGGAGUUCCGUGAGGGAAAGAUAGUUGCUGAGACCAAUGACGUCCUUUUACUGAAAGCAAAGGCUUUUACGCAAACGUCCCAAUUUAGCAAAGCCGUGCAUAUACUUGAGCAGCUUGAGGAAAAUGAUCCGGAAAACGAUGAGUUUUCUGAUCAGAUGUCAAAAACACGCAAAUUACAAUCGAUGAUACGAGAAAGUCCCGACGGCCAAAAACACAUGAACAGUAGAGGGAGAGGCUUUGUUGAUGCUGAAACUAAGUUAACAAUCACAGAAUUGCAUAGAAGCUUAUGUAGAGGGGAAGAUCUAAUGAAUUCCACAAUGAAAUCCACGCUGUUUUGUCGAUAUAGAAAAACGGAGACACCUUUUUAUCAAUUUAAGGAAGAGGUAAUGCACGUAGAGCCUCACAUCUCGAUGUUUUACGACGUUUUAUCUGAUGAUGAGGCACUGGCCCUGCAAAUUGCAGCAGAACCAGAUCUGUAUCGUGCUAAAGUAGGUGGGCCUGGGAAAAGAAUGGUGAUAGAAGGAAGAACGGCCAAACUUACAUGGAUAAAGGAUGACCAUCCAGAUCCCACUAUAAAAUUACUGAGUAAAAGGGUGGAGCACAUAACAGGAUUGAGUACACAGUAUAGGAAAAGAAAAGCAAGUGCUGAUGCCUUUCAGGUGGUCGAUUAUGGUAUAGGAGGCCAGUAUAUACCCCAUCGGGACUAUCAGGCACCUGCACAGUUUAAAAAUAAUCCUGAGAUUGUAAGAGAAUCGGGGAAUCGUCUCGCAACAUUUAUGUUCUAUUUGACGGAUGUAGAAGCUGGAGGUGCAACUGUAUUUCCAUAUUUCAAAGUUGGAGUUUCCCCGGUUAAGAAUGCUGCUGUGUUCUGGUACGAUUUAGCACGAUCUGGUCAGACAAUGGCUGAGACGCUCCAUGCUGGUUGCCCUGUACUACUAGGAAGAAAAUGGGUUGCAAAUAAAUGGAUACGGGAAUAUGGCCAAGAAUUCAGACGACCAUGUAGCAUCGACAAGGACACACUUAAAGAGUGAAUUUUAAUUUGAUUUUUUAUAUUUGUAUACACUAUGAAAUGCUUAAUGAAAUAAAUAAUUGUGAAAAAAUUAUUCAACCACAACACUCUAAAAAAAGUAAUGCCUAUUUACUUAACAUUACUUAAAGAGAUUGAUAUUAACUAAAUAUAUUACAAACGUGAAA